UGUAAGCUAUACAAAUUGGCCUUCUACCGGUAUACACAUUUCAGAGAAAUCAUCGCAGCAAAAAAAAAAAAAAAAGAUUAUAAAAGGGAGGGGGUAGUAUUCAUAUUUCAGGGGCCUGUGAUCCUAGAGUCAGAACUCGGAGAGAGGGUGGUGUUAAAUUAAAAAGUUUGGUUUAUGCCCUACUGUUUCUCUCCAUAUGCAUACUUUGAGCUGUUGUCAAAGUUUCAUAUGUAUCUGUUUCAUUUUAUAUAAUAUCGGAAUAAUUAAAUAAAUCCGUCAAAUGAUAAAGGCAUUUUUAAAAUCACUAUGACAAUUGAUAACCAUACUCUAGGAUAAUGAAAUGUACAAUUUUAGCGAAGGGUUUCCUGCUUCAUUCAGUUUCAAUUUAAUAUCAUUAACUUUAAAGAAGAAUUACGUUAUUCUUGCAUCGCCGCAUACUUUCGCUAUUUCCAACCGAUGAAAAUUGUCCUUACUGUAACAAAACGCUGUUGUGUCAUAUUACCCACAAUGCAGUUAUUGCACCUACAUCACAAGAUUGUCGAACAUGCAUCACAAGAUUAUAGAAUAUACAUCACAAGAUAUUUAACAUACAUCACAAGAUAUAGAAUAUACAUCACAAGAUAUUAAACAUACAUCACAAGAUUAUUGAACAUACAUCACAAGAUAUUUAACAUACAUCACAAGAUAUGUAAUAUACUUCACAAGAUAUUGAACAUACAUCAUAAGAUAUUGAACAUACAUCAUAAGAUAUUGAACAUACAUUACAAGAUCUUGAACAUACAUCACAAUAUAUUGAACAUACAUCAUAAUAGUAUCGAAUAUAGAAAAGUUUUACACGCCAUACACCUUGGUGGGAAACAUCUCUUGUACAUGUUUUUACACAUAAUACCGUGUAUGUGUGUACCUACAACAGGGAGUGUAUUAUGUUUAAAACAAUAAUUAUAAUAAUUCAAGAGCUUAUUAAGUCAACAAGUUAAACAUCUUGUGUUUGAUUUAUCAUUUUCAUAAAGUGUUGGUUAUUGACCGCAGCACUCCACUCCUAAAUAGGGAGGACUUCUGGCAUUUUAUUCUAAACUAAAUAUUUGUAUUUUAUUAGUUAGAUUAAUAAUGAGAUGACCUUUUAAUCCCAUUAAGUUCUCUGUUAGCCUUUUAGAUGUUUCAUAUACAUGUAUGAUGAAGUAAAUCUAUUAAUUCUUUACUUUAGAUAGUAUACCUCAGUUUUCAUUGGUUCUGUUUCAAUAUUUCUUUCAGUAUCUCUUCCAGUUCAACACUAAUCCGCAAGUACGGACUUCCGCAGAAAUCCAUCCCAAAUGAGGUAAACCUUUUAUACACACUGCAUUCGUUCGCUUUCAAAUUUGAUAUGAUACAUACAUGUAAAUGUGUAUUUUAUAGGUGUAGAACUGAAUUCAAAUUAUAUUAUCUUAAAAAUAUCGAGUUGAAAUAAAAGCAAGGUCGAUUUAAAACGUCUUUGUUUGCGAAAAAUUGUUGAAAUAAAAUUAUCGUAUCUUUUACAAUGUUGGGUUUUUUGGUGUUUUUUUUUUUUUUUUUUUUUUUUUUUUUUUUUUGAGGGGGGAUAUAAUUUAAUUGGAUAUAAAAUUAGAAAGGGCAAAGAUUAUUGUUCUUUUUUCCCCGUAUGUUAUUCUUUUUUUCUUUAUUUGUGAAACAACAUACUGUUACACCCGGGGGGGGGGGGUAUGGGGCAGGAAAUGGCAAAGCUGGAAAAUGGAAAAAAACGAUGGUUUCCACAGGCGAUUGCUUAAUAUUUUUCAUGGUAAGUCAAUGGUUUUGAAAUAGAUAUGCAUUAGUAUGGAGUAUAUGAAACGAUGGAUUCUAUGGAUUAUUUAUUUCCCGUUCUCUCUGUAAUAUCUGCUUCCCUUGUUCAUAAUAAGCUUUUUCAUUUUCCAAAAUGUUGACCUUCUCAAAACAUUAUUGCGUACACUAUUUUCCGUUUCUUUCUCCGUUCUGUAUUUUAGUAACACCCAUAGCCAGGGCCUGGCAAUCUGCACUAUUACCUGAAUGAAAUAUCUGAUAAAGCAGCGCAUUAAUAAUGUUUACUUUGCCCGUGUUAUCGACAUGUACGGUUUGAAAACGAGGACGCCCAAAGAUCAAUUUACAUUCAUUUGUUAAAAUGCUGUCAUUUCAUGAACAUUUACAGUUAUGAGUGGCAUUGUCGAAUCGUGCCCAACAAACCUUACAGAAGUCCUCGCGGCAUCAGCGAGACUAAACUGUAGUAAAGACGGGUUUGGAAAUGACCAGUAUGAAUGUCUUCCUAACUCCAAGAAGACUGGACUUGUGGAAUUCUGUUAUAAAGGAGGCAUUCCGUUUAUAGUAGACGGUUAUUGUUUGGAGACAGAAUGGGGCCAGUUGUACUACAGCAAAUGUCAACACUUCAUCAAUGGUUGUCCGAGUAAGCCGUACCUUGCCAAUGAUAUAUACAAAUAUCCCGCCUGUCUGAAUAUCAACACAGAGAGCCAGUGUUUUCUUGCUGAUCCAUCAUGCCCAAAUCUGACCACAACAUUCACUACCAACGACAUAAUGGACACUGCAUCCACCUACUCGGGCUUCUCUAACACAACUGUGAAUACUCUCUACAACACAACCACAUCCAGAGAAGAUGUACCUGAUGUAGGGGCAGUUGUGGGAGCUGUGUUAGCCGAAGUGUUUGUUAUCACAGCCCUGCUGAUUUUAGUGUGCGUUGUCUACAGAAGGUGGAGAAGGAGAAAUCAACAAACUGAGAAAGGAAACGACGAAGAAUCCCAACCACUUACAUCAAUCGACGAACGGAGAGCUGGAUAUGAAGAAAAUAGUAACCCUCCUGCUGGAAACGACGUAGAAUCCCAACCACUUACAUCAAUCGGCGAACAGAGAGAUGGAUAUGAAGAAAACAGUAACCCUCCUGCUGAGUCAAAGAAACCUGAAGAUAAAGAAGAUAGUGUCCCCGAUGAAGAGUCACAGAAACCUGACGAUAGAAAGGAAAGUGUCCCUGAUGAAGUAGAGAAUGACAUCAAGAAGCAAGGAAUUGAUUUCCUAUUAAAUAUGUCCCCAGAACAUGAGAAGUAUCACAAGGGAAUAGCACAGAGGUUGAAAGUCCCUGUAGAAGUUCUUGGAAUGCCAAACGCAGACAUUCAAUCCUUUAUCAGAAACUACAAAAAAGGGAGUACAAAGGUAUACUGCGGCCGUGGAAUGGUGGUAGGUUGCUUCGAGGCAGGAAAGACAACUCUGGUGAAGAAAUUGAAGGGAGAAGAUGUAUCUCAACCACCAGAAUCCACAAGAGGAUUAGAAGUUCAUACAAAUAUUUUUAUUGUGAAUGAAGACGGAACUAGUUUGACAGUGAACAAGGAUAAGAAAAAUGAACAACGUUUGCAAAUAAUUCUGGAAAAAUCUGGGAGUGAAGUUGAAAAGACUUCGUUGAACGCUGAACACUCAAUUCCAAAAGCUGAUGAAGAAAACCCGGGUACAAUUAUCCCACCAGCAAUGAAUUAUACAGAAUCUUCGGCGCAAAAACACGAAAAGAAAUAUGAUUUGCCUGGUCCUUCCUCUGAAAAGCCGAAUGAUAUUUUUAGUAAAGUUGAGCAAAAAUCUUCCAACACUGGAAAAAAUCCUGUUAAGCAUCCCAUAAAAGAUCAGAUUACAGACAGUGUUAAGAAUAAAACGGAUGAAAAUCAACAAAGUCUGAGACAGGACAUAGGUAGUAUCCUACCUAGUGUCAGUGAUAAACCGAUAAAGACGAUAAGUUUGUUGGACUUUGCUGGUCAAGAUGCUUAUUACGCUUGUCAUCACAUUUUCUUAAGUCCAAGGAGUUUUUAUAUCCUAGUGACGGAUAUGUCUAAGAAAUUGACCGAAAAACCAACCAACCCUCAUCAGAAAAAGGAUCUCACAGACAGGGACUGGGAUUACCAGGGUAUGAAACUUUUAUCCUUGAGUGAAAAUUCAUCUUCAUGUUAAUAAAACACAUUGAUAUAAUUUACAAAGCUGAAAGAAAUCCGCGUUCAAUAUCCGUAAUAUG